AUGGGUCGCUCACAACCAUAUAUAUAUUUGAGACCCUGGAAUGUGUUGGGCAAAAGAUCUAGCAACCCAAUGGCUAGUAAUGUGGGUAAUAGUGUUGCUUCGCAAAGGAUAGCCGCGAAGGAUAACCAUAUGCUCAGAAUAGAUUUACGAAAGUUUCCAAGCUUUCUAGGCCAUUGUUCUAGUCGAAUCAACCGCAGAAUGAAUGAGGAUGCUUAUUCAAUGCAGAUGUUGAAGUUUCCAAAAUCCUCAGAGGAGGUAGCAUGCAUUAAUUCUAAAAGGAUCACAAAUCGCUCCCAGCACUGGGCAAAACAGCUGGAAUUUGACAAGUCGGUUCUUAACAUCUCAAUUUUCGAUGGCCAUGGAGGCGACAGAGUAUCGCAACUACUGUCGAAGAAGUUACAUGAAUGGCUGGUAACAACUUAUCCUUCAAAAAGGGCUUUUGAUAAUGUUUUGAAAAGUUAUUGGAAAAUAGUUGGUGGUGAAUAUUGGAAAUCAAUAUAUGAGACAAGGAAUCAAUUCUACGAGCGGUUUAUAAAAUCUUGUAACACUAAGGAGGAACUAGUGCUGCAAGAUUCCGAGAUGUCAGGAUCCAGGAUGAUAUUUGAUAAAUGGGGGAACCUUAUCGAUAAAACCAGUUUACUUAAUGAGUAUGAUCGACUGCGCUUCUAUCUGGCAUACCUAAAGCAUGAUCUUGAAGAUAUAUGUGGUUUCAAGACUACUGAAGAGAGUGACAAGUACGCGGGGGGUUCUACGGCUUCGAGCAUCUUUUUGACUACAUAUAAUGAAGAGCAAUCAUAUGAUGAAUCUUUUGUGAUAAAUCCUGAAAUCUUGUUUAAAUUGGUUAUAACGCAGGUUGGCGAUACAAAGAUAAUACUCUGCGACAAGAAUGGCAUUGCACACCCCUUGGCAAAAACUCACAAUCCAUCAUCUACACGAGAAUCACGCAGACUAGGCGGGCAUUUCCAAACCGACUCGUUUGGUGACACACGCUUCCUGGAUAGUUUUGCUAACACUAGAGCCUUUGGAGAUCGCGCCGGUAAGUCUCAAGGGCUAACAUGUGAACCAGAUAUAUAUUCAUAUGUUAUAGGCUCUACCAGACUGUUACCCAAAUCUGAACACUCAAAACUGCAAUUUGGCGGGGACGAAUGUUUCGUAUGUCUAGUAACUGACGGUGUAUCUGAUUUGAUGAGUGACCAGGAGCUUGUAGACUUAAUAACUUCGACUGUUAACAACAGAGGGCUCAAAGUUGCCUCUCCGCAGUACUGUACAGAGGAAGUGAUUCGAUAUCUCAUGGCGAUAGGCGGCAAACAUGCAGACAACGCUACAUGUUUAAUAUUAAGACUACCAAAUUGGGGAAACUGGCCCGUAAUUGACCGCACAGGUGCGAUCAGGGAAGAAAAGCUAAUGACUUCUUAG